CUCGUUACGACAUUUCAAGGUUACUAGGUAGAGCUUCAAUCCCACCACCAAGAUACAAUCACGAACUCACUCCGUUGCAAUUGGAAAGGUCUCGUCAUUCUUCGCAACUCGGACUCGAGCAAGGAUGGCUUCCUUUCCUACCGCCGUGCGGUCUAGUCGAAAGCUGGCCUUCAACUUGACCCAAGCCAGACACAUUUCCCACAUUUCCGACCUUACCAUAACCCGUACCGGCAAGCCCAUCAUUCGCGUUCAAGGUGGACGAUCAUCUCUCGGAGGCCACACUGCGACGGUAUUUGGCGCAACGGGACAGCUCGGGAGAUAUAUCGUCAACCGAUUAGCACGUCAAGGAUGUCAAGUUGUCAUCCCCUUCCGAGAGGAGAUGGAGAAGCGUCAUCUCAAGGUUGCCGGUGAUCUAGGUCGUAUCACCUUCGUCGAAUACGAUCUGCGCAACACAGAGUCUAUCGAGACGAGCGUUCGUCACUCUGACGCUGUGUACAAUCUCAUCGGACGAGAAUACCCUACCAAAAACUUCACGCUGGACGAUGUCCAUGUCGAGGGUACCGAGCGCAUCGUCGAAGCUGUCGCCAAGUACGAUGUCGACCGUUACAUCCAUGUUUCGUCCUACAACGCCAACCCCGACUCUCCUUCCGAAUUCUACGCUUCCAAGGGUCGAGGAGAGCAGGUCGCCCGAAGUAUUUUCCCUGAAACCACCAUCGUACGGCCGUCACCCUUAUUCGGUUACGAGGACAGACUUCUUCUCCGACUAGGUGGCAUUACCAACAUAUUUACAUCUAAUCACAUGAAAGAAAGAUACUGGCCCGUCCACGUCAUCGAUGUCGGCAAAGCCCUAGAAGUGAUGCUCUACGAUGAUACCACGGCCGGGCAGACGUUCGAGCUAUAUGGCCCUAAGAAUUACUCGACAAAAGAGAUCUCUGAGUUGGUUGACAAGGAAAUCCACAAGAAGCGAAGACACAUCAAUAUCCCUAAGGCGAUCAUAAGACCGAUAGCUCACUUGAUGAACCGGUUCAUCUGGUUCCCGGUACUCUCGGCCGAGGAUGUAGACCGGGAAUUCAUCGACCAGGAGAUUGACGAGACGGCGAAGACAUUCGCCGAUCUAGGUAUAACACCGGGCGAGAUCUCCGACUUCACAUAUGAAUACCUACGUGGAUUGCGUGGCAACACACACUACGAUCUCCCUCCAUCGACGGAGAAGGAGAAGGAGGAAAACAAGAAAUACCUUCAUGUGAUGGACGAACCACAGAUAUAAUUUCACUGCAACAAUAACGUCGACGCGAUUCUUAGAAAAGGCAAGCCUUAUUGCAACUGUACAUAUAUAUAUACCAGACUUGGUAGCUUUCUGCUAAUUUAAGAAUCGCAAGGAGUAUUACAAGAGCUUUACUUUAUAUAUUGCAAAAUGAUCUAUUGCCAUGUUGUAGCGUGGGUGAUUUAUAAUACUGAGCUAUGUUUUCCGUGUUGUAUAUUUUACGUACUUUAUGUUUUAUGUUUUCAUGUUCUACUAGUUAAUCGGUAAAGAUUUUCGU